AUGUCAUUACGCUUCAUAGCCUCUGUUUUAGAAACGACUGCCCUCUGUGUCAUUGGUUUGGCUGCAUUUAUCGGUAACCUAAGUUUGUUCAUCAUCGUCUACAAAGACAGAGAUCUUCAAACUGUCACCAACUUGUAUAUUCUCAAUCUAGCCGCGGCUGACAUCAUGGUUUCAAUUAUAAGCAUUCCAUUUACUUUAGUAACUAUCAUCGAAGACCGUUGGGUGUUUGGGGACACUUCUUGCGUGGCGCUUGGCUUUUUUACGAUGUUGUCCUUUAUUUCGUCCGUGAUGUCUCUUGGCAUGAUCGCUAUCAAUCGAUAUUUCUACAUCGUCAAAUGGAACUCUUACCACCGAACCUUUUCCAGGAAAAAAGCCUUGCUCUAUGCCGCCGCAGUUUGGGUGGUCGCAACAUCUUUGGCUUCCCCUCCGCUUCUAGGCUGGGCAGAAUAUCGUUUCAUCCCCGGAAAAUCGUACUGUUUCGUUUUCUGGCCUUCAGAUGUGCACUUCAUGUAUUUCAUGAUCACUGUAUGCUUUUUCGGGCCUCUUUCAGCGAUAAUCUUGUCGUAUUUUAACGUUUUAAAGUUUACAAGAGGCUUGAAAAGGAAACUUAGGAGGUCAAGAAAUAUCACGCCGCCGCCGGUUCGGUCUUUUCAAUCUCCAACAGCUUCUGAACCCGGCAAUAACGACAUACAUAUAGACACCGACAUUUCGGAAAAACCACAAAUCAACGUUCCGCGAAAAAAUAAAUCGGAUUCUGUAUUAAAAUCAUUAGAGUCUUACGUGACACCAGAAGAAACGAGGAUCACAAACACAUUUCUGUACGCAGUUACCCUAUUUGUCUUUUGCUGGGCACCAUUUGCUAUUACCAUGUUCUUCGAUGUGUAUUACCCAAAGCCUUUACCGCGCGUACUUGACAUGGCUUCCUUAAUACUCGGUUAUUUGAACAGUAUGUGUAAUCCUCUUCUCUACGGACUGCGUAACUCAACCUUCAAACAGGGAUUUCUGAAUCUGUACUCGAGGUUUCUACCCGCACGGUACAGACCAACAAAUGUGACACAGCUGGAAAUUAACGCGUGA